AAAUAGCAGCUUUUUCCAUAACUUUGAGCUCCUGGUGCCACCAUUAAACUUUUGAAUUUUGUCAAAAUAUUUCACCCAGUGUGUUUUCUUACCAAAAGGAACAUAAAAACAAAAAUGCAUCAUGAUCGGAGGAACUUUUCAUUUUUAGGGGGCAACUGAUGCACCCUAAUGUGUAGUAAGGGUGGGUAGGAGAUUUUUAUGUUGUCAGUGGGGGUUCGGGAGGAUUUUUUAAAUGUUCCCUAAAGUGGGAGAUAAGUUGGAGCCUCUGCAAUAGUCCAUUUGUCAAAGACAAAGACCCUGGCCCCACACCUCUCUGUUUGGAAAGUUACUGCAAAGAAAAGAAGCCCUAAAAGCCAAAACUAUCACAGUCACAGAUUAAAUAUUCUGGCUUCUUCUAAAUCUUAUAAUAAAUAUGCCCUCUUCAACUGUAAGAUACUCAAUAAAAUGUUCAAUAGCUAUUGAUCAUCCCUGGAUUGUGGCUCUCUGCUGUCAGUCCUCAUCGCAGUCCUCAUCUGGAUGCCAGGCAUCAUAACAGUUCCUGUCAGGUUGAAGGCAAAGGAAAACAUCACACGUUUUGCACUUCCACAGGGUUUUUGUUUUCCUUCCCUGCAACCUGCAGUACACACAGGCUCUGCGACCAUCACCGGCCCUAUUCCCAUUUGUGUUCAGCUCAAUCCCACAAACUGGCUUGUGAGCCUUGCCAACUUUCUUCAGAGGAGCCUUUGAGGCCUCAAAUACCCCUUUUCCACCAAAUCAGUUCCAGGGCUGGUUCAGGGCCAGUGCUGGUGCUGGUUCACAACUUGUUCAACUUGCGAGCCAGCUGAGAACCAGUUUGCUUUUCCAUAGCUCGUGGUGCUAAGGGAAGCCACGUCAUUACGUCGCUGUAUACGUCAGUUACGUCGCUACGUUUGCAUAAACCUUGGCGCGAAUAUCGAAGCAAAAACAACACGGAAGAAGCAGCAGCAACAACAAUAAUAAUAAUGGAUGACUUCGCGUUUGUACAGCUGCUGCUUCUUGUCGCUUAAAAAUGGCGAUCUUUCGCGGUCUUGUUAUUGUUGUUGGUCUUAAUAACUCCACCCCCUCGCUGACAUAAGCGGUUCUUUCCUCUGGCCCAGCAGAGAGUUGGUGCUAGCCUGGAACCAGUUUUUCUGGCCCCAGAGCCAGUUCUUUGUCAGUGGAAACAGAAAUCCCGGUUCCAAACUAAGCACUGGCCCCGAACCAGCCCUGGAACUGCUUUGGUGGAAAAGGGGCAACAGUUUCUCAGUUGGUAGAUGAACAUGUGCACUUGUUUAUACCGGUGAAAUGGCACAUAUUCUCACCUCCCCUUGCUACACAAUGAGCGAAUGAUGACGCUGAUGUUAACAUGUGAAUAGCUGAUGGGUGUGUCAUUAAGAGGCUGCAGCUGGCUGAAGUACUGAAAUUCUCCUCAAAGUCUCCUGUGGGGGGUCGGCGACGUGAGAGUGUUAAGUCAUCUUCAUGAUUUAUUCCAAAUAUCUGGUAUUGAACUGUAAUGACUGUGGCUCUUAGGAAAGGAAUAAACAGGCUUUACAACUCAGUGUGUAUUUCAGAAACUGCUGAUCUCCUGGGGUUUUCACACACAACAGUCUCUAGAGUUGACACAGAAUGGUGCAAAAAACACUGAGUGAGCAGGGACAGUUCUGUGGGUGGCCUUGUUGAGAACAGAGGUCAGCUGCCAGGAAGGAUAUAGCAACUUGGAUAAUCACCCUUUACCACCGUGGUGAGCAGAAAAACAUCUCAGCACGCAACAUUGAGUUCCAGUCCUGCAGCCAAGAACAGCCUGGGAUCUUAGAAUCAAGAACAAGUUCCUGUUAAAGUGGCCGGCUGCCUGUAGCUCUGCCCACUUAGUAGGUGGGAUGUGGAUGGUGAACUUCCUCCCUGGUCAGUGCAGUACAUCAGAGAUGAAGUGACCUCACUGGACUAUGGAGCAUGCUGCGUCUCGUCCCGAUUCGUCCCACUCAGAGGAGGAAGAAGCUCCUGUGGUGGGAAACCAUGCUGAGCACUCUUCUGGGACUCAGGUGUUCCAGGGGUUGUUGAGUGAGCACAUGGAGGAGACGGAGGUGCAGAGAGCCAUGCACUCGAUGGACGCCUCCACCAACACGGAGCCGAAGCGACGGUGCUGUGGCUGGCUGAGGAGGCGGUGCCCGUGUCCCCCCCGCGGCCUCCUGGCGUCGCUUAUUACCAAAGCAUCCAUGGCUGCAGUGUUAUUCGGAGUGGUUUGGUCCAUCACUGAGAAGGAGUGUCUCCCUGGAGGAAACCUAUUCGGCAUCAUCGCCGUGUUUUUCUGCUCUCUGAUCGGAGGAAAGCUGGUGGGACUUAUCCGUCUGCCCCGCCUUCCACCUCUCCCUCCCCUCCUGGGUAUGUUGUUAGCAGGUGUCCUUCUCAGGAACAUCCCCAUAGUGGCGGACACCGUGAACAUCAACUUCAGGUGGUCCGCCUCCCUCAGAAACAUCGCCCUGGCUGUUAUUCUGACCCGAGCUGGCCUAGGAUUGGACGCCUCGGCGCUGAAGAAGCUGAAGGCGGUGUGUGGCCGUGUGGCUGUGGGUCCGUGUCUGAUUGAAACCUCGACCGUGGCUCUGCUGUCUCACUUCCUCAUGGGACUUCCCUGGGUCUGGGGCUUCAUCCUGGGGUUUGUUCUGGGCGCCGUGUCUCCCGCUGUCGUGGUUCCCUCCAUGCUGCUGCUGCAGAAGGACGGUUAUGGGGCAGAGCAGGGCGUCCCUACACUGUUAAUGGCUGCCGGCAGCUUCGACGACGUUCUCGCCAUCACAGGGUUCACCACCUGCCUUGGCAUCGCCUUCGCCACCGGCUCCACCUGGUUCAACAUCCUCCGAGGGUUUUUAGAGGUUUUAGGAGGUGUGGUUUUGGGCGUGGCUCUCGGUUUCUUCCUUCGGUAUUUUCCCAGUAAAGACCAGAAAGCCGUGGUGCUGAAGCGUUCCUUCCUGCUGCUCGGUCUCAGUGUGUUCGCAGUGUUCGGCUCUAACGUGGCUGGAUUCCCCGGUUCUGGAGGACUCUGUACACUCGUCCUCGCGUUCCUUGCUGGAACCGGCUGGGAAAAAAACAAGGUUCCUGUAGAGGAUGUUGUAGGUAAAGUGUGGGACGUGUUUCAGCCGCUGUUGUUUGGGCUGAUUGGAGCUGAAAUCAGAAUCGGUGCUCUAGAGCCCAUCACUGUGGCUCUGGGUCUUGCCGCUCUCAGCAUUGCCCUGAGUGUGAGGGUCUUCUUCACUUUCCUCAUGGUGCUCUGCGCUGGAUUUAAUUUUAAAGAGAAGAUCUUCAUCGCUCUGGCCUGGAUGCCUAAAGCCACUGUUCAGGCUGCGAUUGGCUCGACGGCUCUGGACAUGGCACGUGUGAAGCAGGAUGAGGAGCUUCAGCGUUUUGGUAUGAACGUGCUGAAUGUGGCUGUUCUCUCCAUCCUCAUCACUGCUCCAGUCGGAGCGCUGCUCAUUGGCUUGUGUGGACCACGUCUACUGAGGAAACCUGAGAACCCUGAGUGGGCUGUAAGUCAGGGCACAUUGUCACCUCCAGAUGCCCAGAUGACGUACGAGAGUGCAAUCUGAGGCUUGUGGACGUUUCCAGAACAGACUUUCAGAAGAUCAGUGACUCAAACUCUGGCUUUGUGAGUCUACUGUGUCUCCCCUGUGAUUACUCUUUGAUUUCCUCUCUGACUCUUCUGUGACUCUGACUGUCCUAUGACUCUUCUCUUUAACACUUCUUCUCUGACUCUCCUAUGACUCCUCUCUUUAAUUCUGCUCUGACUCUCUUGUGAAUCUUCUGUGACUCUCUCUGACUCCUGUCUGACUUCUCUUUGACUGUCAUGUGACUCCUCUCUGACUCUCCUAUGACUCUUCUCUAACACUUCUGACUAUCCUGUGACUCUUUUGUGAUUCCUCUCUGACUACUCCCUGACUCUCCCGUGAAUCCUCUCUGAUUCUCCCGUGACAGUUCUCUGACUCCUCCUUGACUUGCCUCUGACUCCUCUCUGACUCUCCUGUGAUGCAACUUUGAAUGCUCCUUGACUCUCUGGCGCUCCUUGGACUCCUCGCUGACUCCUUUGUGUUUCCUCUCGGACUCUCCUGUGAAUCCAUUCUGACUCUGUCAUCCCUCCAUGUUAGAUGAAUGAAGGAGUUUGCUAUUUUUGUUUCUUAUGAUUUAAGAAAAUAACAAUUUUGUGGGCAUUGUUGUGUAUACAUUUUACUCUCAUUUACUGUAAGGCCUUUAUUUUUAUUUUAU